CGCGUGGAUCUGUAUGUGUACAGCGGAGCCCAAGGCGGGGGCUUGGGGUAGUUGUUGUUGGGGGUCGAGGGGGGGGUUGGGCGCAGAGCGUUCCCUCGUCACGUGGUGCAAGGCGGGCAGCCAUCUUGCUACAAACACAAACACUGAGGAGCGGCUGCAGCGGGAGCGCCAGCGUGCGCCACCCCCCCCCCCUCGCCUCCCUCCCCCUCCCCCUUCGCGGGCUAGUCUGCCGCGCGCCCUAGCCUCGCGCCACCAACGCCCCGGAACUGGAGCCCGAGCCUGGCGCAGUCUGCCCGGGAUCGCCCGCCCGCCCACCAGCGGAACUUUCCCAGAUGUUAAGGGCCCCUGGUCACCAUUAUACUAAGGACCAUAUCUGAUAACUGGUGACUCCUGGCUCAACCUCUUUACCAUCCUCUGCCUGAAGAGAGCCAUCUCCUCUAUUCCCUGUCUCCAGGUACCUGGGGGACAAUUUGCCAGGUAAUCCUCCUACAUUGGUUUAUCUCUGGCCAUCUUAUGUUGUGAAUGGCCCUGCACAACUUUUUAUAAUCAGGUAUUCUAAAGUAGCCUCUACUUUUAUCCCUAGACCCAGAUGCCUUUGAUUGAUCCCUUUCUCUGACUUCUGGUUCCCCAGUGCUCCAUCUUUCUUCCCUGUUUCCAUUUAAGUGUUUGGAUAUCAAGUGUUAAGCCUCUACCUUCCUGUCAUACUCUCCCCAUCUCCUCCCAACUUCCAGCCUUGAGGAAACUUAAGCAGCUUCACAAUGGCAGCAGAAACUCUCAACUUUGGUCCAGAGUGGCUACGGGCACUGUCAAGUGGGAGUAGUGUGAUCUCCCCACCUCCUUCCCCUGCCAUGCCUAAAUAUAAGCUGGCUGAGCAUCGUUAUGGUCGUGAGGAGAUGCUGGCACUCUAUGUCAAGGAAAAUAAGGUCCCAGAUGAAUUGCAGGACAAAGAAUUUGCUGCAGUGUUACAGGAGGAACCACUGCAGCCAUUGGCACUGGAACCUCUGACAGAAGAGGAGCAGAGAAACUUCUCCCUGUCAGUGAAUAGUGUGGCUGUGCUGAGGCUGAUGGGGAAGGGGGCUGGCCCCCCUCCAGGUGGUAUCUCUCGUGGCAGAGGCAGCACUCGGAGCAGAGCCCCUCUUUUUCCAGGCCGGGGCAGAGGUGAUAGUGGCUUUUACCAAAGAAGCAUUGAAGAAGGAGAUGGAGCUUUUGGAAGAAGUCCUCGGGAGAUCCAGCGCAGCCAAAGCUGGGAUGAUAGAGGCGAGAGGCGAUUUGAGAAGUCAACAAGGAGAGAUGGAGUACGUUCUGGGUUUGAGGAGGGAGGAUCAGGACCCCGGAAGGAACAUGCCCGUUCAGACAGUGAGAAUUGGCGUUCUUUACGGGAGGACCAAGAAGAGGAAGAUGAGGGCAGCUGGCGACUUGGGGCAGGUCCCCGUCGAGAUGGGGAUCGAUGGCGUUCCACCAGUCCUGAUGGUGGACCCCGAUCUGCUGGCUGGCGGGAGCAUGGGGAGAGGAGAAGAAAAUUUGAAUUUGAGUUGCGAGGGGAGCGGGCUGGGGGUGUUGAGGAAGAGGGGCGGGGUGGGGGAGGCUCCCAUCCCCGGAAAUCUCGGGGUCCUGAUGGCUUUGAUGAUGACAAGGAUGGACUCCCUGAAUGGUGUCUGGAGGAUGAAGAUGAGGAAAUGGGCACCUUUGACUCAUCUGGGGCCUUCUUGCCCCUUAAGAAGGGUCCCAAGGAGCCAAUCCCUGAGGAACAAGAGCUAGACUUCCAGGGUCUAGAAGAAGAGGAGGAGGAGAAGCUGGAUGGACAGAGUGGAGAGGGAACUGAAUCAGGCAUGGAGCCACCCAUCCAGGAGGAAAAAAUGCAUCCUUCAUCUCCCCUGCCCACUCUGGAUUCUCUCUGGAGACCUGAUGGGGAAGGGGAUGAGGCUACUGAGAAAGAUCUUCCAGUGGUUGAAGGGGAUGAAACUAGAGUGAACCCAGAAGCUGGCUUACCACCUGAUUCUCCUGGAGACACAGAAGAUGAUGAGGGCAUGAAGCAUCUGCAGCAGGAAGCAGAAAAACUGGUAGCAUCACUACAGGAUAGUUCCCUAGAGGAGGAACAGUUCACAGCUGCCAUGCAGGGUCAAGGACUUCGACACUCAGCUGCUGCUGCUGCUGCUCUUCCACUUAGUCAUGGGGCUGCCCGAAAGUGGUUUUACAAGGACCCACAGGGAGAAAUCCAAGGCCCCUUCACAACACAGGAGAUGGCAGAAUGGUUCCAAGCUGGCUAUUUCUCCAUGGCAUUGCUGGUGAAACGGGGCUGUGAUGAAGGUUUCCAACCACUGGGUGAAGUUAUCAAGAUGUGGGGGCGUGUGCCCUUUGCCCCAGGACCCUCACCCCCCCCACUGCUGGGAAACAUGGAUCAAGAGCGGCUGAAGAAGCAACAGGAGUUAGCAACAGCUGCACUGUACCAGCAACUGCAGCACCAGCAGUUCCUUCAGCUAAUCAACAGCCGCCAGUUCCCACAGUGUGCACUCCAGCAAAAGGCAGCUAUGGGAGACCUGACACCUCAGCAGCAGCAACAGCUCACUGUGUUUCUGCAGCAGCUACAGGCUCUCAAACCCAGAGGUGGGGACCAGAACCUCCUUCCAACGAUAAACCGUUCCUUGUCGGUGCCAGACUCAGGCACCCUCUGGGAUUUGCAUACCUCAGCUUCAUCACAGUCAGGUGGUGAGGCCAGUCUGUGGGACAUACCAAUUAAUUCUUCGACUCAGGGUCCAAUUCUAGAACAACUCCAGCUGCAACAUAAACUCCAGGAGCGGAGAGAUGUGGAACUCAGGGUAAAACGAGAGGAGGAGGAACGGAAACGCCGGGAAGAAAAGCGGAGGCAGCAGCAGGAAGAACAGAAACGGAGACAGGAGGAGGAGGAGCUGUAUCGGCGCAAGCAAGUUAGACAGCAAGAACUGCUCCUGAAGCUGCUGCAGCAGCAGCAGGCAGUGCCUCCAUCACCAGGCUCCCCUCCUCCACUCUGGGCAAAGCAAGGCCUCUCCAUGAAAACUCUGUUGGAGCUACAGCUGGAGGGUGAUCGGCAGUUGCACAAACAGCAACAUCGGGAGCCUCCUCGAGCGCAAGCCCCAGCCCAGCGGGCGCAUGGGGGCCUGGGCAGCGCUCCUCUAUCCCAGUGGGUGGCAGAGACAGGACCCCUAUGGGGUGGGCUAGAGAAGAGCGGGGGCAGUGGAAGUCUUGGGCUCUGGGAGGAAACACUCAAGGGCAGCAGCAACCUGGCCAGGAGUCUGGGCCUCAAGAACAGCCGAAGCAGUCCUUUGCUCAGCGAUUCCUAUGGCCACCCUUCUGGCCGACCUGGUCGAAAGAAGACAGAUGAGGAAGAGAAAUUGCUGAAGCUGUUGCAGGGCAUUCCUAAGCCCCAGGAUGGCUUUACCCAGUGGUGUGAACAGAUGCUUCAUACAUUGAGCACCACUGGGAGCUUAGAUGUGCCCAUGGCUGUGGCGAUCCUGAAAGAGGUGGAAUCCCCCUAUGAUGUCCAUGAUUACAUCCGGUCCUGUCUAGGGGACACGUUGGAAGCCAAAGAAUUUGCCAAACAAUUUUUAGAGCGGAGGGCCAAGAAUAAGGCUAGUCAGCAACGGCAGCAGCAGCAGGAGGCAUGGCUUAAUAAUACAAGUUCCUUACAAGCUGCUUUCCAAACCAAUCACAACACCAAGCUGGGUCCGGGAGAGGGCAGCAAGGCUAAGAGGAGAGCAUUGAUGCUGCAUGCAGAUCCCAGCAUCCUGGGCUACUCCCUGCAUGGAUCCCCCAGUGAGAUCGAGAGUGUAGAGGACUACUGAACAGCCAGCCCCUCAGCCCCACCUGAGGAAGGGGGAAGGAGGUGGCUUGGACACCUGGGACCCUGAGCCUGGCCAGGUUCCCCUUGGAUAGGGGGAAAGCAGAAGCUGGAGGAAGAAGAGGCAGAGUCCGCAGCACUUGUUACAAACCACAUGAUGCACCUUAACUCACCCACCACGAGGCACUUUAUAGAUUUGGGGGAGUGGGGGUUGGGGGGAGGGAAUUUUUUAAAAAAUUAAAACCUGAAGAAAAUGUUUAAAAAAAAAAAAAAAACUAGAUUUCCCCUCCCAUCCCAGUACCUUUUCUCCCCUUUGGGAGUUAAUGGGUUUGGGAUCUGAUUGGGGUGGUAAGAGUCCCUUUUUAAGAAAUGAGAGGGGAGGAGGGUGGGUUCUGAUUUAAAAAAACUAAACACUGUUAUUUGGGGGUGAUAAGGGAACUGAGGCCCGGGGACCUGCCUAGUCCAUGUUCCUCCUCCCCUAGGCUGCACUUAGCCUUUGCCACCCCAUACACCAGCUCUGUGUAACUGGAAGCUUGGACAAGAACAGUUUGCACUGUAGGGUCUCCUUUGACUGUUGGACCCGCUGUGAACUGCUUGGGGUGAUUCCUGUGAUUGUUGAUGUUUCUGGGGGGUAGGGGCUGAGAAAGCCAUUCCUGCUCUGCUGCUUUAGGGGUAAGUUGCACAAAUCUGAUGGGCCUGGGAAUGGGGCCUUGUGUCAGUGUUAGCUCUGUUAAGGGAGCUAGAAGCAGUGACUCCUGAGUUGAGGGGUUCUUCCAUCUCUGCCAUUUGGAGGGGGCGGAUAUCGUUAGUGUUGGGUAACCCAAUUCCCCAGUCCCCCAUUUGAAUGUAUUUUUUGGGACAUGGCACCUAUGCCCUUCCAUUUUUUCCGCAGAAGGAAUAGGGAAUGGACAACCCCUUCCAGCAGCUGCCCUUCUUUUGAGAUAGAAGAGUAGGAACACAGAGAAAGGCAGCUUGGAGAUGGGUUUUUUGCGGGGUGGGGUAAGGGUGGGGUUAAGAGGUGUGCUUAAAUUUGACCAAAUUGGAGAGGAACAAAUGGUUUCUCUCUACUCCGUCCCUUUUUACAAAUACUGUGAUGGGGAAGGGGGGAAUUAUAUCAAGACAUGUUUCUCUUGUGUAAAGGGUAGGAUGGGAUUUGUUUUUAUCAUCUAAUAGUUAACCAUCUGGGUUUCUUAAAUUGUCUCCCCAACAUCCACACUGCUCUCAACCCACCAGAGUGCACAGUAUUAGGCUAGGGUUCUGCCUCUACCUCCCCCUCAUGAAUGUACUUGUUCCCCUACCCUGGGGGAGGAGAGGAGGAGGUAGAGCAACAUUAUCCCCUUGGAUCCCAUAUUUUUUUUAAUUUUUAUUUUUGCACCAAAGUGGCAACUGGUUUGGAGUUGGUCAUGGCCUUGGGUGGGGGAGCUCCUGUACUUGCUUCCCCUUGGCUUCUUCAACAGUGUUAAAUGUCUGUGUAAUACUCUCUCAAGCAAUAAUGGGGGGAUGGUGUUUUUUUUUUCGUUGUUGUUGCUGCUGGCCUCCCUGACUCCCCCUUCCCUUCACUCCCUGCCCUCCUUUGCCAGUAUUCAGUGGCAUUAAGAGGUGGGGGGAGGGCUACUAUUGUGACUGAAUGUAACCAACCAUCCUCCUGCCACAGCCAGUGUGUGUAGGAAGGCUGAUUAUCCCCUUCCUCAUGUCUUCCCCUUCCCUCCCCCCAGCUGUAGAGACUUUUGAACUUAGGGGACUCUUGAGCCUGGAGUGGCCUUAACCCUGUGAGGAAGCUGGAAGGAGGGAACCCCCCCCACCCUCACCCCCUUUCUGAGAGUGGUCAAUGUUUACAAAUCUCUGAGCCCCUCAGCCCAGGGACUCUUAUGUACCCUGUUUCCAUUCUAUUUUUCCCCCACCUCCCACAAACCGGUCUUCCUGGGUCCUGGCUGCUCCCUCUUUCCUGGGGCAGAGAGGCAAGGAAGGGGCCAGUCUGUUUGGUCUGCCUUUUUGUCCAUACCCAAAUUCUAUGUGAUCCUCACCUCCCCCAUGUAAAUACCUAUCCCCUCCCCCCCAAUAAAACUUAGUGUGUGUUCUCCCUUAA